AUGUCGAGCAGCCAGAGGUCUCACAAGGGCAAGGAGAGGUCCGACGAUUAUGCGCAGUCUUUGGCAUCACUCAGCUUGAGUGACUGCUAUGACGACCCCCUUGCACCCCGUACCGACUAUGCUGCGACGUACUCAGAUGCGCAAGACACACAGUAUGCGCAAUACCCUGCCGACAACUACUACAGCUAUAGCACGCAGAGUUCUGCGCACGCUGCCGCACCGUCAUCGGCGGCGUAUGGAAGUACUGCAAACUAUGACAGCUCCUACCAGACCACCUCUGGAACCAGUUCGACAGGAUACGGGUAUCCAAACGCAUCUACUAGCACCGCAAAUUACGGCAGCUAUGCAGGAUACGACACCACGUAUGACACCACGUACGACACCACGUCCAUGACAGGCAGCUCCGCGCCCUCAUAUGCGGAAAGCUCGACGGGUGGGUGGAGCUCGACGGCGUCGACUGCGCCUUCGUCUGCGCCUUCGUCUGCUCCCUCGGCACGCAGCCACCGCACCGACGUGAACAACACAAUCCAUCGACAAGGUCCACCGAGCGAGCGAUAUCAGCUGCCAUGCGAAUUGCGGAACCUGACGGGUUGCCCAAGUGUGUUCCACGGCGACGAGACACAGGCCUGGAUGGACCACCAUGAGGAGCACCUCCAGGGGAGGUUCCCGUCCAAGCUGAGAUGCUGGUUCUGCAUCGACCACCGCUUCGAAGCGCGAGAGACCUCCAGCGGGGAUAACCGCUCCAACUUCAUCAUGCGGAUGCAGCACAUUCGCGACCACCUCGUGCACGAUAACUACCGCCCCGAGCACAUGCAGAUUGACGGCCACUUCGUCAACCAUCUCCGGGACCGGGGGAUCAUCGACAGCCACACAUACGACAGUAUAAUGAGACCUCAGACACUGCCGGCAAUACCGGGGCAGAGCCGCAGCCAACACAGCCAACACCGGAGCAGCCACAGAAGCCACCACCGCCUGGAACAGGUCGCAGAGGAGGUCGGCAGCAGCAGCAGCCGGCCCCACCGGUCGGAGCAUCACCGGGAACGCGACCGUGAACGCGGGUCACACUCCCACUCCCACAAGAAGGGUUCCCGGAGGUAA